AACGGAAAAGCUAUAGUCAAUGAAGUGUAGUGACAGUAACUUUAACAAAAUCGAUUCGACCGCAAGCUUUACGUGUUAAGCGCGGAUUUAAAUUAACUGUACAUUUAUGUUUGUAAAUAUCAAACUGAAUGAAAACUUAUUAAUUUUGUUUAUAUUGUGUAAUUAAUGUGAAAUUAAUUAGGUAAAUAAUUGAGCAUUGCUGAAUUUGUAAUGUCAUUUGAGUAUGUGUGAGUAUACCUGUGAGUCUUUUUGAUCAUAGAGUUUCUUUUAUUUAUUGUUACACGAAGCUCGUGGCUGUGAACUCCAAGGAGCUUAUUAAAGUUUUAAUAAUGGGUUGCGGUUCAUCUGGUCACGUGAUUGCACCAGCACCUGCACAAGAAAACGGAUCAGUCGCCAACGGACAUACUGUCAACGAACAUAAUACUCACCAUGAUAAUGAUCUUCCCACCGUGAUGCUUCCAGAUACACCAGCAAAACCUAAACCACCUAUUGCCUUUGAAAUUCCAAUAAAAGAAUUUGAUAGUAGCCAUCGGGAAAUCACACCACCAGCUCAUCUACAGCGGUUACUGCGUCCGCCCAGCACCGACAUUAGUCUACCCCAUAUUGAGGAAAAACUAGCAGAGGCUGAACAAAGAAGGCAAGCAAUACUACAACAACGUGCGGCUUCAGCUCAAAAAAGGUCACAGAAAAUGACAAAGAGCUUCCAGGAUAUCAAGAAAUUCGACAAAACGGAAUUUAAUCAUGAUGAAACCAGUCACAAGCUCAUCAUUCCACCAGAUCCAGGACAUGAAGAUAAAUUAAUCUAAUUAUAUCU